CGCCUUUCAUUGGUGGAUGGACAAGCGCCUUCUUCAAAGACAUUUCCUGUUGACAUACGAAGCCCGGUGGUUUCAAAUGGCCCGCCCAUCUCGGAGGAUUUAACGUUUGUAAUAUUAUGAUGAUUUCCCGAAACCAGCCCUCAUGAAACAGAUUUGUGCAGCUAGGCGGAAAAGAAAGAGUACUUCUCCUCUUGGUUGGCGUGGCAACCAGCUGUCACCAGCUUCCAUCAUGGAUCACCUGACAGGUUUCAAUAGUUUGGUUACUGUGACAACUGGCAUCAACAAUGUUAUACACUGGUGUCAGCAAAGUUUUCAAACAGUGAGAAAUGGAGUGGAGAGAGUGCGGAGUGUGUGGGUGACACAGCAGCAGUAUCGUCAGCAGCUGCAGGAGACGCUGCGUCGUGUUCAGGAACUGGAACGGGAACUACAGGCAGUCCGACAAGAGAAGGUACAUAUUCUCAGGGCUUAA